AUGGACUGGGUUUGGGGUUAGUAAGGGAGUACUAUCUUUGGUUUAUAAUAGAUAAAAGGAUAGUCCUACGUACAGUUGGGGCUGAGGCAAUAUUCGUAAAUGCACAUCCUCAACCACAAAGAACGUUUUUCAAAAAUAUCUUUUGGGAAUAAUAACUAAGAUGA